AUCGCGAGAAGGAAGGAUAAGAAGAAUUCCACCGCCAUCCGAUUGCCGGAGAAACUAACCGGUGUUAUUGCCGCUAUCCAUCGAUUGUCAGUGCCGCUGUGAUGUCGCAGUUUGUCACCAUCUUCUUCGUUCGUUGAUUUGUUUGAUCUGUUUAAUUUUUCAAAUCAAUCGAGGUGGGUUCAUGGGCUUGUUCUAGUAUAGAAUUCAUAGAUAGCGUUAAUUCGUAUACAUAGCCAAUUGUAGAUUCGUUUAUGUGAAAUGUGAAUAUAUUGUGUGAUCUUAUUGGUUUCUAAAAUAGGUUGACCCAUGAAGGCCAGGGACGAUUUUGUAUUCAAUUCGAUUAUGGUGCGUGACAUAGAGAUGACGGUCCGAGGUAACAAGGUCUUUAAGAGGAUCCAGGUUUUGCUUAAGGAGAGGUUAGCGAGGAACCAGAUGGUAAUUUUGUUUCCUAGUCAAGGUACUCGCAGCAGGGCCGAAUCCUUUAUGCAGGGGAUUGGCACCCGAAGAAGGGACGAUGAAGCACAGGUUAUGCGAUCGAAAAAGCAUUUCACCCACCUAACCUCCGUAAGGUCGACGAAGGGUGAAUCUCUGAAGGAACUCAUUACUAGAUGGAGGAAAGUGUCCCGAUAUGUUGAAGGAGCCAACGACAAUUCCCGCAUAGAAAUGUUCUCCACCUCCCUCCUUAAAGGUCCAUUCCGUGUCGACCUAACAACCCAUCUAGCAGAUUUCUUCGAGGAAGCCAUGGCUAGGGAAAACAGAUAUGUGACCUUGGAAGAAAUGAAUGAGGAGCAAGAGGAAACUUCUGAGACAUCAAAAUGUGAUGCCAGCUCUAAGAAGAAGGGUAAAGAAUAAGGAAAAGAGAUUUCUUGAUGGUCCAAAGGGGGGACAGAGUACGCAACCGAACCUUUAGAAACUAACCCCAACUUUUAUGCACCAUGUUGGCGAGAUACUCGAUUAUGAGGGGAAGAGUAAAUUAGUCGCAUACCCAAUUGGGAACUUAGGAAAAGGUUCCAUUAUCUUCAUAAGAAUGAUCACAACACCAACGACUAUCGCUACACAUUAAGGAAUGAGCAGGAGAAGCUAUGCAAGGAGGUCACUUGUGGCGAUUUGUCCGGACAGGGGAAGAAAAGUAUAAUCUAGGA